CGCAGCAGAGAGCGCGCCUUCCGUCUUGCGCAGGGGUCUAACGCUUUUCGAAUCUCUUUCUUCACACAAGUUUCAUAUUUAUUAUCCGAUAAAUUUGUUAUAAAAUAUUUCGUAAAAAGUGUACAAUUUUACAAAUCGAAAAGUCAAUUUUUAUGCAUUUACGUGAACGAAAAAGGGGACGAAUAAAUUAAUCGAACAAAAAUAGAAAAUAUUUGUUUUAUUUAUAAACGACUUCCGAACAAUGUUCAUUUCUUUAAAAAUGACGAAUAUUAUUAUUGCGUAUAAAAGAACGAAUGAUUAAAAUUUCGUCGAUCUCAUCGCAUUGUGGAAAUUAAGUAUCGUAAGUGUGUACGUUUAAUUCUAUGAAUAAUUUAAACGAUUUCUUUCUAUAAUCAAAAACCAAGAAAUAGUGAUCGCAAGAUUGAAACGAUUUGGAAGGAUGAAAUGAUAAUUAUAAUAAUUGUGAAAUAAAAAAGAAAGAUCGAAGAAACGUGAAGAAGAGGUGUCAAGAAGAUAUCUUUAUAGGAACGUGCGUGGGGUGGCAUCGAUGUCGGGAUAAAAAGUCGCUCGUAAGUCGGCCCAUUACGUCAUUAUCGCUCGACGAUGACGGGAACUCGUUGGUGCGUAUGAUAAGUUUACCGAUGUAUAUAAAGGGUCGUCGUUCGUUCGAGCGUGCACGGAUAUACUAUAUAAGGAGUAGGAUCGUUCGAUCGAGUAAGUCCAUUAAUGUCGCGGCAACGACAGAUACGUCGAAGCAUAAAUAGACAGGCUGCUGCCGUCUCUUGGUGAAAAUGAACGAUCGCUCGAGUGAGGAAGAGAAGAAAAGGGAGGACGACGACAUCAUCGUGAGAAAGAGAGAGAGAAAGAUAGUAGUUGUAUUGCUUUCUUCGUUCCAUGAAUGAAGAAGAAAAAUCUUAUCGAGAUCUACGACAGUUAAUCAACGCCGAUUACGUGAACUUAUAUUAAAUUGAAUAAAGCUUCGAAUUGGUACGUGUCUAUUAUGUGUUUUACGUGUGUGCGUUAGUUUAAGUGAUAAGGAAGUAGGAAGAGGAAGGAUCUGAAUUUCGGAUUAUCGGAAGACCUGACUCAUUGAAACUCGACUUAGUAGGUACUUCAGAGAAGUUAUACCUUCGUGGAACGUUAAAGAGGCCGAUAUUUGAACGAGAACGGAAGACGGACGGAUUGAUAGAGAUAGAGAUAGAUUCGUCUAUCCAGUUAUAGCGACGCAGGAUGUUCAAGAGAAUGCUUUUGCUGAUGAGCGUUUUCGCUCGGUUUGCCGUAGCGGAAGUUGUCCUCGGCGAUGUCGACGAACCUAUUCCCGUAUUAGACAUAACGGCAGUGGCCGGUUUCAAAGCGCAAAUACCUUGCGAUAUCGAGCCACCGACGAAAGACGAGAUGGUUAUCAUGGUCUUUUGGUACAAAGACGGGAAGGAAGGCGAGCCAAUAUACAGUGUGGAUGCCCGCGGUAGAGCCGUAGGUCAAGCAAAGCUUUGGUCGGAUCCAUAUGUAUUUGGGGAAAGAGCGACUAUGAGGACAAACGUGAUGCCAGCUGAACUAGAGAUCGAUCCUUUGCAAUCGACCGACGGAGGAGUAUAUACAUGUAGAGUGGACUUUAAGGAUAGCCCAACGAAGAAUCAGAAGAUCAACCUCACCGUUAUAGUGCCAUCAAAGAAACCGGUGAUCUACAUGGGCUCGAGUAAAGUUCUGGCGAAGAUAUUACAACCCUUUAACGAGGGUAGCGAGAUGACGCUAUUGUGCGAGGUGAUCGGAGGCACGCCACCACCGAGGGUCACUUGGUAUUUUGAAGGAAAAUUACUCGACGAUACGUACACGUUAGAGCAUGGAGACGUUACUAUAAAUCGUUUGGAUGUAUCGCGAGUUACAAGGGAUUUUUUAAGGGCUAGGUUGAUUUGCAGAGCGAGCAAUACACAACUUAUGUCUCCGUUAACAUCCGAGAUUAUUCUCGACGUUAAUCUAAAACCAUUAAUAGUGAAUAUAACAAACAAACGAAAUCACAUAUCGGCAUUAAGAACGUACGAAAUAGAAUGUGCGAGUUCUGGUUCAAGACCGGAAGCCAUUAUAACUUGGUGGAAAGGGACGCAUCAAGUGAAGCAUAUGGCUAGAAAUUUUGCAGAUAGUCCGAACAUAACGAGAAGUGUGCUGAGUUAUGUUCCUACAAUCGAGGACGAAGGAAAGUAUUUGACUUGUCGUGCCGAAAAUCCUGUUGUACCUGACAGUGCCUUGGAAGAUAGAUGGCGAUUGCUCGUUCAUUACGCUCCAGUGGUCACGAUCAAAUUGGGCUCGAGUUUGCGGGCGAACGAUAUAAACGAGGGUGACGACGUCUACUUCGAGUGCGACGUCCGGGCCAAUCCAAAAGCUUACAAGUUGGCCUGGUUCAAGGACGGCAAAGAAUUACAUCAGAACGCGACAGCCGGGAUCAUACUUCCUGGUGGUAAUUCUUUGGUUUUGCAGAGUGUAACUAGAAGUUCGGCUGGCGAGUAUUCGUGUAUGGCUACCAAUCUUGAAGGAAAAUCUACCAGUAGACCAGUUACUUUAGAGAUAAUGUAUGCCCCAAUUUGCAAAGAAGGCUCAUCAACACAAGUGGUAGGCGCGUUAAAGCACGAGACGAUAUCUCUCGUUUGCGGUGUACAAUCGAAACCACCUCCUACGACCUUUCAAUGGACGUUCAACAACUCCGGCGAACUGAUGAACGUGCCGGCGAACCGAUUCACGCAGGUCAAACCGUUGAGCCUCGUCACGAGCCAUUGGCACGGCUCCAGAAUGAAUUACACGCCGUCGAACGACAUGGACUAUGGGACGAUAGCUUGCUGGGCGAGAAAUCGUAUAGGGCUGCAGAAAACGCCCUGUCUUUUUCAGAUCAUUGUAGCUGGGAAGCCAUACCCACUGCAGAAUUGUACAUACGUACAAUCGACCGGAGCCUUCUCCUAUCGAAUGGGACACGAAGACUUUAAAGCUACCGACCCGAGGGACGCCGAUUGGUUGAUCGUCAGAUGCUCCGAGGGAUUUGACGGUGGUCUGCCGUUGACUAAUUACGAGUUGGAGGUUUACAGCGAGGAUAACGUUUAUCAUGUAAAUACUAUUUACUUGAAUCACACGGAUAGAUCAACUGGCCCGGUCUUUGAGGUAUCAGGAUUGGAACCAGGUUGCAAUUAUAGGCUACAUCUUUAUGCCGUAAAUGCAAAAGGUCGAAGCGAUCCCGUCGUCCUUGAACCUGUUUCUCUCAAAGGAGUCGCCAUGUAUACAACAGGUCGUGGCACUUCCGAAGAAACUACAGAUUACAGUCUAUUGGUGGCUUGCUUUGCCGGCGGUAUAACAGCGGUGUGCAUCCUUAUUGUUGGAAUAACUUUAACUCUCUAUCGUCGGAAUCAUCCGAUGCAAGGUAUAAAGACAUUAACAGAAGUGGUUCAAUAUGAGAGUAAAGAUAAUCGAAUGUUAGCAACAACUACUACUAUGCCCGGUGUGGCCGGUGCUAUGAUGACAAGUAAUACUACUAGCAAGGACAUAAGAGAUGAGUUUAAAGAACGUAGCAGUGGAAUGCCAACAGAAUUACCCGACGACGAUCCGGACUUGAUACCAAACAAGCUCUUAGAGCAACGACCCGACAUUUUCGAGCCAAACUAUGCGCCAAGUGGAGCGAAUAGAACGAAAGACUUUGGUUGCCUCGAGGAGCUUGAUUUUCCUUCGCCAUCCUCGGUUCUACGAGCGAAGGAUUCCUGGAUCUACCCAAACGGUUACGUUGAGAGAGGAGGAUCCGAAAGGAGCCUUAGUCCAGCUCGACCUAGCACGUUACCGGUUCAUCGUACUCAUGAUAUCUAUACGAGGAGUCUUCGUGUUCAGGAAAGUUGUAUAUAAAUGAUUGACUAAAAAUAGAAAGAGAGAGAGAGAGAGAGAGAGAGAGAGAGAGAGAGAAUGAGUCAUUCUGUGAGCGCAUGCCUGUAUGGUAGAACCAUUUUGACUAUUUCAAUCCUCGUACCAUACGUUGUUCACUCGACGUUUGUACAUAGAGACAAUAAAUAUCGCUAAGGUUCAUUGUCCUAUCCCUUUUAUCGCGUCUUUAUCCCAAUGCCCUGUUUCUUCUUCAGUCCUUCCUUUUAGAAUUUAGGAUAAUUGUUCAAAGAAUCUAAUAUCACUUCCCGAAGGAUCGCGUUUGUAAAUAGACAAUAAAUCUCUCGUCGUUUAAGAUUCCUCGUAUUUAUAAUACCUUUGAUUUUCGACUUUUCGAUACACAUUUCUCCUAAUUGUCGCCUCAAUAUGGAAAAAUUAAAAAAAACAGUUUAUUGGAUUCAUAAGGUUACGACUGGUAUCACAUUCGUUUUUCAUUUCAUUUUUCAGCUCCUCGAGAGUUUAUGUAAACGUUUGUAUAUAUGGAUAAUAAAUCUCGUUGUGUAAUAA